ACAAUACAGGUAAUGCCAAUGUCAACAGAUAACGCACGUGCACGUUGUUUAAAUGACAUUUGCGGUUUAAUGUGUUGACAUUUUGACUACUUUUCAAAAAACUAGUCUUCAACAAGAAUAAUAACUACAUACAAUGAGCGUUAACGAUGUGUUUGAAACAGUGGGAGGUUUCUGCCCAGACUGUGGAUCAAUUUUGCCACCAUUACGUGAAAAAGGAGGAGUAACGUGUUACACUUGUGCACGCAAUUUCCCAGCUGAAGUUUUUAAGGGAUAUAAAGUGACAUAUACUGUCCACUUUAAUUCAAGGGAAAAAUUUCAGUCAAGAGAUGAUAAAAAGGGAAAGAAUGACGAAGAUGAAGAUGAAGGACCUGUUGUUGAUAGGAAAUGUGCAAAAUGCGGUAACGAGAAAAUGUCCUAUGCCACAGUACAGUUACGAUCUGCUGAUGAAGGCCAGACAGUUUUUUAUACCUGUACAAAGUGUAAAUAUAAAGAGAGUGAAAACUCAUAGGUUAUAAAUACAUAUUAUAUUGUGUCA